GAGGGUGUGCCACUUCAGCACUGGUUCUUUCUCUAGGGUUUAUGCGUUUUGCUUGGAGAAAUGUGUGGGAGAGCUCGAUGCACGCUUGCCCCCGACGCUGUGGGAGCUGCCUGUGGUUUUGGGGAUUGCCAGCUCCGAUUGAUCGAUCACGACAGGUAUCGUCCAUCUUACAAUGUGUCGCCUGGAGCUUAUUUCCCUGUUGUUCAUUACGAAGCCAAAGACGAUGGGGAAGCUCUUCCGGUUGUGCAAGCGAUGAAAUGGGGGCUCGUUCCCAGCUUCACCAAAAAAAAUGAGAAGCCCGAUCACUAUCGCAUGUUCAAUGCAAGAUCAGAAACUGUGCGUGAGAAGACCUCCUUCUCUCGACUUCUUCCAGCGAAACGGUGCCUCGUGAGCGUCGAAGGAUUUUACGAGUGGAAGAAAGAUGGUAGUAAGAAGCAACCAUAUUAUAUCCACUUCCAGGACGAGCGCCCUCUUGUAUUCGCCUGCCUGUACGACUCUUGGCAAGAUGCCGAAGGAGACACGCUCUUCACUUUCACCAUUUUGACCACGCGAGUGUCCAAGCGAUUGGAAUGGCUCCACGACAGGAUGCCUGUCAUUCUAGCGAGCGACGACGCAACGAAAGCAUGGCUAGAGCUUGGCUGCUCCCUCGAUGACGUCUUCCGCAAAUUCGUGCAGCCAUACGAAGGACCGAAUCUGGUAUGGUAUCCUGUUACAUCGGCAAUGGGCAAGCCGUCCUUUAAUGGGCCAGAUUGUAUCAAGGAGAUCAAACAACAAAAGGUGAAUGAUAUCAGCAGAUUCUUCAAGCGGAAGCCACAGGAGAGUAAUCCAAACGCUGCAACCGGACAAGAUCCCGAGAGAGAAGUUUGUGAUCGUCCUCGCGACGUAAAGAAGACAAAAGCCACCGCUUCUCAAAGCUAGAGAACACGAAAGCGAUGCCUCAGUCUUUUCUCUUGGAUUCAACAUUUCCAAUCGUUCCAUGACCACUGCUGUGACUGACGAAGCAAUGAAGGAUAGGAUUAAAGCCGAAUCAAUCUCUGUCGACACGUGGCGUACCCGCCGGACACGCGGCCUGCCGUACACGUCAGCAUUUACUGGCGGGUCUUUUUUACUAAGGGUGUUCUACCGAGAAAUUAGGGUU